CUUUGAUUUUCGGCAGUGCAUCGAAGGGUUUCGAUACUUAUGGUUUCGAUAUUUUAUUCCGAUAUUUUACAGUACCGAUACUUCGUAAACGAUACAUGCUAUCGAUACUUUUCGUGGAUCGGUACAUCUCUAGGGUCCGUGUUUUUUCAGUUUUUCACCGUCGUUGGAUGCAAUCAAUGCAGAAUGCAGUGUAUAUGUUUUGUGCGUAAGCUUCUGGAUCACAUCUUGAUCCAUUGAAACUGAGGUUAAGAGGCAACAGCAAACAGCAAGACCACAGACAAAUCAGACAAGACAAAAACAAAUCGAGUUGUCGAAUAUUGAGUAUCAUCAUGGAGCUUCAGCCUAUAUAAUUUCCAUAACAAAUAUUUUCAUUUGAGUGGCUAACCGUUGCAUUGAAAAAAUGAGUCGUGAAAAUAUUCGAGAGCAAGUUCUUGACUUGAUGACUGUUAAAGAGAAGAUUGAAAAGGAAAUCGACAGCCUAACGACCAUCCUGACACAGAAUGGAGUAGGUAUGAAUGAACCUUUGGUAGACGGUGAUGACUUUCCCAUUGGAUCUAUCGAUAUAUACCAAGUACGCAAUGCUAGACACAAGAUAAUAUGUCUUCAAAAUGACCACAAAAAUCUAAUGAAACAAAUAGAACAAGGACUACAGGGGUAUUAUGGUAUGCCACUUCCUUCAACAACCCAGGAGACAUCAAUGGAGGUCAAUACUAGGGAACAGGGAAUGGUGUACAAGAUUCCAUUUGCAAAAGUGACAAUUGUAAGUGAAAAUGGUCCUGCCCAAUAUGCUGGCAUCAUGGUAAAUGAUGGAAUUGUUGAAUUUGGCUCAGUAAAUGCCACCAACUUUAAGAACAUAACAGACAUUGCAACAGUCGUACAACAUUCAGAAGGAGCACGAGUGAAUAUUAAAUUGAAAAGGGGAGAUAGAUUUAUUACACUUGUAUUGGUACCAAAAAAGUGGACUGGAAAAGGGCUUUUGGGCUGUAACAUUGUUGCUUUAUGAGUUAUUGUUUUUGUACAAAUAUAUUUUAAGUCAUAGAAAAAUCAUUCUUCGAUACUAUUUUAUUUAGGAAUUUCCCUCUUAAAUAGACCAUUAAUGUUUUCAAUCAGGUAUCACAAAAUUAAAUAGACCAUUAAUGUAUUCAAUCAGGUAUCACAAAAUUGCAAAUAUCUUGUGAAAUAAAAUAUCAAAUUACAUAUCUGGGGGUUCAUUCGACAGGUAUUGGGGGCCUUCUAUCAUCAGACUUCUGUUAAUCCACCGAGAAAUUUACACCCUGUAUAGAGCAAUUAUCUUUUAACAAAAUUCGACACUGGUCUUGUUGAAUUGUUACCAUUUCUACAAAAAUAUCAUUCUUUGAGCUGGG